GUGUGUGCCAGCUACCUACUCUACAGUGAAGAAAGACUCUAGGCUGGGCUCUGCGCACUUUGGACGACGGGUAACGCGGACGUUGUAGCGAGAAGAAAAAGGGCGCGUGCGUGCACAAUUGCAAAAAACAGCAUGGAGAAGAUUGAACAAGAGGAGCAUUCUAUGGCUAGUUUCCAUCAUCAUCUCCCUCUAACAUAUCGAUCACAAUGUUGGCCCCUCUACGCUCUGCUCAACCUAUCAUCACACGCUCUAUCUGCCGUGGUGUUCAAGCACCAAGAAUCGCAGCAAUCCCGCUUCAACGUUCUUUUGCUUCUUCUUCAAUCGUUCAAAAGACUUCAAUUCGUUAUACAGCCGAACAUGAAUGGGUAAAAUUCGAUGAUGAAAAUUCAACAGGUUUGAUCGGGAUUACGGAUUACGCUCAAAAGAGUCUAGGAGAUGUUGUUUAUGUUGAAUUGCCAAAAGAAGGUUCAGAAGUUCAACAAGGAGAACAAAUCGGUGCAGUCGAAUCUGUAAAAGCUGCUUCCGAUAUUUAUUCUCCCGUUACUGGCCAAGUUGAAAGUGUGAACAGUCAACUUGGUGAAGAACCUGGAUUGUUGAACAAAUCCCCAGAAGAGAAAGGAUGGUUAUGCAGAAUCAAGCUAAACAAUCCUGCCGAAUUUGAGGAAUUACUCGAUGAAGAAGCAUACACGAAAUUGACAGAGGAUGCUUGAUCAAUGACAGUCUUCUUUUCUUUUCUUCAUCUGGAACAUAUCUAUGUAAUUUCAAUUCGAUCACAUCGCCUUCAACUGCCAGAUCGAAAUCCGUUGUACGAAAUAAUAGAUUGAAUGCAAACAAAGGACUAGGGUAUGAUACAAGAAACAAAGAAAAAAGUGAUACACUUGAGAAAAAGCCCGAAAAAUCCGAUUGAUAAAAUGUCCCAAAAAGUUCUUUUUUUAAAUGUCUGCGCCAGGGAUGCGACCUUUUGGCGGAGGUGACAUGCUCUGUUGAGGAUGAUUUCCAU